UCAUAGUAAUUCAGAGGUCCCACGGCACCUGAAAAGUAGGCUGUACAAGUAGGUUAAAGCAUGAAGCUUUGCUGCCUGGUCCAAAUCUUCUCUCUUCCACAGCCUAAAUUCCCGCCUUUUUCCUUUCUUCCCUCUGCCAUAACACCCUCCCUUCUCGCUUCCAAUCUCUCCUUGCGUCAUUGUUUUCAAUGGAGCAUCCUCCCCGGUUGCAUUACCUUCUUUCGGAGGAGAAGGGGAGCGGUGGGGGCUUGUGGAGGCGUGUGCAGCGCCGACCAAUUAGAGACCGCCUUGGCCGCCGGACCGCACAUGUUUACAGGCAGCAUUCCGCCGGUAGAGUCCCCGCUCGGUCUGAGGUGACGGCGGACUGGAUGCGGCAGUAGUUGGAACCGGAGCCGGUUAACGGUCAAAUUUCAAUCUUUUGUAACACAUACGGCGAGGUGUCGGGGUACAGAGCCGUGUGGGGCGGAAAAAUUCGACGUGCUGGCUCCCGUGCCUCUAUGCUCAAGCUGUUUGCCCUGUAUUAGCCACCAUUUUUACUUAAUCGUGUACAAGUGUCGUCUCGGCUCACGACUACGGCGAUUAGUCCGCGUUUUCCCGCCGCCCCCUCAGCUCGCAGGGAGCAGAGAGGAAAACAAACAGGUCGAACGGAGGAAGAUUGGUAGCCGGUUGGGUGUAGAGGUUGUUUAGCGGCGAAUGAAUCGUAGUCGUCGGCUACUAAUUCAGAGCUGGUCGGUUUCUUGUUUCUUUUUUUUUACGGGGUGCUUGUGUGCGGUGCAUUCCGGACGCUGUUUGGAGUUUUCCCCUCCUCCGAGUAUGUUGCCCCUUUCUAACAUUUUGUCAGGGCUGUUGGAGCGCGUAGUCUACCCGCUGCAGUUUUGUGUUUUUCACGACGCUGUUUACCGGCUAUAAUUCGACGGUUAAUGAUUUAAUUUUACCGGCUCGCCGGCUUUGAAUACAGUGAAAUAGUUUUUAGAGAUGCACACGAGGCGCCUGGUGAAGCGCUCGGUCCUCGGCAGCCGCGUUUAUGCGCCGAGUCCGACGGGGGACGGUGCCCCGGUGACAGGAGUGGUCCAGGCUGUCAAGCAGGAAAACAGAGACUUGUCGGCCGCGGGAGCCCGGCGAAGCGUCUACACCGUGCUCAUGCAAGACGGGAGCCUCAAGGAGUUCUCCGAGGAGGAGAUAGCCUCGGGCUUCAACCACACCACAGCCAAAGGACCACUCAAGUCCAGCCUGAAGCAGAGCUCCAGUAACGGAGCUCCAGAUGGCCAGAAGGUGGAGGGCGGCUGUCUGAGCCCAGAGCCAGCGGAGGAGCAGCGUUCAACGGACGGAAAACGUGUUAGCCGGGACUCUGACACCCGAUCGGUGUCCCUGCUGGAGCAGAAACGCAAAGUAGUCUCCUCCAGCAUUGACGUCCCCCACGCCAGGCGGUCGGAGGAGGAAGUGGAUAUGGACAAAGUGACGGCCGCUAUGGUGCUGACGAGCCUCUCUACCAGCCCGCUGGUGAGGAGCCCACCUGUGAGAGUCAGUGAGGGUCUGAGUGGAUCAUGGAAAGACAACGGCUCGGCCGGACCCUUCACCCCAUCGAGCAACAGCUCCUCGGGGGGCUACUGGAGCUGGUCUGCUCCGAGCGAUCAGUCCAACCCCUCCACACCAUCCCCACCGCUCUCUGCAGACAGCUUCAAGCCCUUCCGUGUACCCAGCCUGGGAGGGGUGGGGCCUGGCCCCGCAGGACCUGAAGACCCCAUUCUGGAUGAGCAGGACGGGAGCAGCCUGCUCUUUGAUGAGCCCAUCCCUCGCAAGCGCAAGAACUCCAUGAAGGUGAUGUUCAAGUGCCUGUGGAAGAACUGUGGCAAGGUGCUGAGUACUGCCGCUGGCAUUCAGAGACACAUCCGCACCAUCCACCUGGGUCGUAACUGUGACUCAGACCUCAGCGACGGUGAGGAGGACUUCUACUACACGGAGAUUAAGCUGAACACGGACUCGGUGGCCGACGGGCUGAGCAGCCUGUCCCCAGCUUCGCCCUCUGUCCUGUCUCCCCCGCCUCCUCCCCCGUCUCCUCUCCCCUCGGUCAGCCAGCUGCCAGACUCCCAUAAACCGACUCAGCCCUCUGACACCAAGGAGCCCCACGCCGGCGGCACCACGCCGCUCAGCCGCUCUGCACCCAGCGCUCUCUACCUCAUCCACACGGACCAUGCCUAUCAGGCCACGGCUCCAGUGUCCAUCCCGUCCAGCAGCAGCAACAACUCGGCCGGCUCGGCGUCCACCAGCUUCACUCCCACCAACAGCUCCAGUUUCAGCAUCUCUUGGCAGUCGCCACCCGUCACUUUCACCGGGACCACGGUGUCUCCCAGUAAGAGCCAAGGAUUUGGUGACCAACGUUCCCAGACCAUUGCAGUGCUUUCGUCCCCUCCCAGAGCCACCGCUGCCCUCAGUCGGAAGGUGCGUGGCGAGGGGAAGAAGUGCCGUAAGGUGUACGGGAUGGAGAACCGCGACAUGUGGUGCACCGCGUGCCGCUGGAAGAAGGCCUGCCAGAGAUUCACUGACUGAUCGUCCCCCGCAGCUCACCAGACAAACAGGCACUGCAGUUUUCCAGCUGAGGAAAACAAGGGGGAAAGGGGGGGGCGUCAUCCUGCAUGCAUUCGGUUUUCUUCAGAUCAACAUCGCAACUGUCCGUCAAGCUAUGGCUCCGCCCUCGUUCUCCGGCUCCGUCCCACACCCCACCCAACCUCGUCAGCUCCACUGAACCAUUCCAGCUGUGGAAGCAACCGCAGGACGGCAGUCACCUUUCACAUCGCCGUCCGGGAUUCCCAGCGUGGGCUCGCCAUUCCCUUCUUUCCCAGUUUUUGGGAAAACCUCGGUGCAGCUAAACAGUGUAAAGAAAAAAAAAAGAUUUCUGCAGUUUUUUUGUUUUCUUUUUUUAAUGUUGGGUUCAGUGUUGCAUCUUUCUAUGUUUUGUACAGCUCUGGUUUUUAAAUGAAAGUCUUGUCAAAGAAGGGGGUCGAGAAAAAGGCCAAAAGAUUUUUUUUUUUUUAAGUGUGUGUGUUUUCUCAAAAGAUUAGAGUAAAAAACACAAAAAACACUUUUUUUAUCCAAAAGAAGAAGGGAACGCUCUGAAGUCCGUUUGAAGAAAGCUAUGAAAAAGCACGUGGAGGUAAAGCUCGCAGGUUUUGUUCUUCCUUCGACUUGUUCGUCCCUUUGUAUCCAAUUCUGGACUUUGAGGUGAUCUUUUAUCACCAACAUCCCGGUCCCUCACGCCUCCCGGACAGCCCCGAGGGAAUGCAUGCGUGCCAUAGCCGGGAAGGGGUGGUGGACGGUCGGAAAGGAGGAGGAAGAGACACACGUACACAAAUACACACGAGAUGAAUGACCAAUGCAAAAAAAAAAGAAAAAAGGAAAAAAAAAAAGAACAAAUAAAGCAGAAGAUCCAACUUCCAGUCAGGGAAAGCAGAUGGACCAUACGAGUGAUCUACACACAAACACGGUUUCUUCUCACACAAUCAAAAGCAGAUCACGUCGACUUCUAUCCGUUGUUUCUUUGCUUUAUCAGGGAUGUGAUUCUGAAGAGAGCAAAAAAAAAACCAGCAGCUUAAACUGUAUGCAGCACUAUCUCAACAGCUUCUAUCUUUCAUGACAACUUUGCAACCAAAAACUCCAAAAACUUUAUCCUGUCCUUCACAUUUUGUUUUGGGUUUUUUUUUGGUUAAGGUGCCAUGUUUAGUGUAGUCGGUGUCAUUUAUUUCUUUUUCUUUUUCUUUUGGUGAAACUAAGACUGUUUACCUACCUGCUACUACAAUGUGUGUUAAAGACCCUCCUCAUAGCACUGGAAGUCAGCAGCAUGCGACGCCAUUAAACGUUCAACGCAAUCGCCCUCCUCCUCGUCCUCCUGCACCAACUUUUACUCCAACAAAUUAAGUUUGUGUUUACAUCCGCCACAAAGGCGCCUCCCGAUGACCUGAUAUCCAAAAAAGGGAGGGCUGAAAACCCAAAGUGAGAUACUUUUUGUGUAACACAGUAAUAAUAUUUGUCCACCCGCCUGCGGCUGCUCCCCCUUAAAUUCUCUGCAGCAAGCUUUUGUUUUCAUUUUUGGGAGAGCAAAGCGGCACUUAAUUAAGUCACUCUUUUGGCGUUUAACUUAAUUCACUCGGCACGCAAAGCUUUGGCUCACAAGAGUCCGUGCGAUUGGCUGCUGAGGUGAGAGGAGGUUGAAAAGCCUCCUUUCUUCUGCCUCAGAGCCAGGAAGUAGAAUCACAAGGCCCGAGCGUUUACAAACGCGGACCAACUCUUUCGAUCUACUUUCUAAGAUCGUCCUGAAAGCCUCGACCUUUUUUGGGAGGGUUUCUGUCAAACACACUCUUUCACACACACUCGUGCACAAACAGGCUUCAUUAGAGUUACUAAAAACCAACACCAGCUGAUAAACUCACACACGCUCGUCCAGUUUAAGCGCCUGAAAGUCGUGGCGCUCUCUUACGUUUGAUCAGCUGUUUAUAGUUUGUUCCUGUAUUCUGUAUAUAUUUGUUUUCCUUUUACGCUCCUUUUUUGUUUUAAUGACCGCCGACCUCGGUCAUCACAAAUGCCACCUUAUGAACGAGCCGUGCUGUAGGCGCAGCCUUCAAGUCACUCUUUGAAAGGCCAUUGUGCUUGUUACAGUGAGGUUUUGUGAACAUGUUACUGUUUAAGUCAAAUCUAUUGUCUGGAAAGAAACAGUUGCAUUCAAAACUAAAAAAAUGAAACUAAUUUGUUUUUUUGUUUUUUUAAUUUUCAUACAUAUGAAUAUACACAUCCAUAUAUAUAUAUAUAUAUAUAUAUAUAUGAAGUGUUUAUGAUUUUUGUUUUCAUGUUCUGCUGAGGGAGACUCUUAUGUGGCGUCAUCGUCUUCAUAAACUAAGCUCGUUAGGCUCUUUUGAGUGAGCGUGACCCUCACGUUCCCGCCUGGAGCUCCUUCACGUUAACGCUCUCCACUGCCGGCGCUGGGUCAAAAACUGCAGUUGAUUAAAACCUUUAUCAUAUUUCCAAUUCUGCCACUCCACCACCCCCAUCGUUCCCCACCCGUGUCACGCAGGCCCGCCUGCAAUUAGUUUGAUUGACACCUCAGUGUGUUUGCGCCCGUGCGUACGCUCGCUGGCUCUUGUGUGUGAACUCUGAAGGAGCCCCGGGCGAAGCGCGCGCAUGUGUGUGUGUGGCUGCUGCUGAAGCUCGGUGCUCCUGCACUCCCCUGAAGCGUCUAAUGGCCCGUGGCGUUUCUCUGUCUCGUCCACUCCUGAUUUGCCCGCACUGGGGUUUAAGGAUGUUUUAGUUGAGGCUGAAUGGGGCUUCUCCGUCUCAGCGUCUGGAUCGUUUUCCUCCACUGAUGUUUAAAAUAUAUUUAUAUAUAUUUGGCAGCCAAUCAGAUUCAGUCAGGGUCCUGUCCAGAAACGAGUCCCUUCAGUUGUUCAGAUCACUGGAUAAUUACAGUGGCAGCAUUUCCAGGCAGCUAUUUUUUUUCUCUCUCUGGGUUGUCGAGCCGAUCUCACGGUUGACAAUAAGAUUUGGCCAAAAUAAGCUCAUCUCACUCCCUCGCUUAGAGGUGAUCCAAAAAAAUUACCUCAAAGAUAUAUUUGUUGCCAUAUUUCUGAAACCCGUCCAUGUCCUCUUGGAUCGUGGGGAAGCUCAAUGGGAUUUGUUUUGUGGACCGUGGCCCGAUCUGAGAACAUCUCGAUGGCCCAAAGAUGGCCUCGUCGUGACGGUGCUUUCAGAGACACUCUGCCAGGGUUUGUCUUUGCAUGCUGUACGUCCUGGUGCCCUCGGCGGAGGGAGAAACAGAGGUGCUAAACACUCAACGCAGUGCUGUUUCUCCAUUAACUCCAUUUUGUAAACAUUGUUUUGCUGUAGAACAUGAAAAUAAAAUAAAAAAAACCCCACCCAAAAAACAAACAAACAAAAAUACACAGUUGUUUUUUUUUUAAUGCUUUUAUUUUGGUGACUUCUAUUGAUGACUGUUUCCUCGUGUCUGCGGCUCAGCCCUGUGAAUAGAUGGAAAACACCGGCAGAAUAUUAAAUCGGCUUAUUUUCUAUUUCACAUUGAAUCUGAGCUCUUAUGUUCAAGCUUGGAAGUUAUUUUCUGUAACAACAAAGAGCUUCAGAAUAACAGCUGAUAAAAUAUGCUCGAAUCACAGUCCAUGUACUCACUGGUCCUUGAGCUUUCAGUCUUCAUCAGCAGGUUCAGUUUUCAUUGAACUGCAGAUCUUUGAACUGAAUAUGAUUCUCUCAUUUUAUUUCAGCUGUUCAGUCUCGGUCUGCUCGAGUCUGAGCUUCAAAACGUGCUCAAAAGAAUCAAAUAUUCACCGUGCAGGAGGGCUUGUUUCAUAACAGUCUAAUAAUUGGUUCAUUAAUAAUCACCACAGCUGGUAAAAUUAGGACUAAUGGGAACUAAGUUACAUACUUAUGGGUUGUAAAGUAGCCUAAAAUGGGAAUUAAGUGAAUAAAGUGGACCUGUUGUGUUCUUUUCUUAUUUUUGUCGCAUAUACUGUUGCAGUUAUACUCAUAUUAAAAUAAUCAGACUAACAAAUGUGAUCCCAGCCAACCAGAAACGUCGGCUUCAGAAGACCAGCUGUUCAAAACUGCUGCUUGUGAGGGGCAGCCAAUCGGUGGGAAGCUGGCUAAAAAUGAAGGGGGCUGAACUCAUCAGGCUUGUACUGUAGCCCGUAAUAUAAAUAAGGAUUAUUUCAAACUGUGAGUCAUGCAAAGCUACUCUAGCAGAACCAGAGAAUAAAAGGCUCAUUAUUGGAGAGUAGCACAAUAAAUAGGUCCCCUUUUAAAUUUGCCUUUUAUCAGUGCUGAUGAAGACCUUCAAAGGCUCUGGAUGGAGUGUGUAAACGGGCAGGUUUUUUUCUUACCGUACACCGAGCAUGAUGAAAUUUGACAAAACAUGCAGACAUAUGGCUGCAGCAUCUUGUUAUUUAACUAUCAAAUGGAGAUAUUUGCAGAGAUGCAGAGUAAUUUAUAAUUUACUCCCAUUGAGAUGAAAAUAGCAGGGAAAAAAAGAUCAUGAUGUUCAUCAUUUUACCCCCAAAUUGACAGGUUAAUGAUGUGCUACACACCAUAUGGCAGCAUCGCACCGAUCAGAUCAUCUAACUUGUUCAUUCAUAUUAAUCUGAUCUCUCAGCCCUGAAACCUGAUGGGAUUUUGGGGGGCGGAGGCGUAAACACGAGUUCAGAAAUGGGCUGUCAUUAUAAACACGUGUUCACACAGCUGAAUUAAAACGGUGGCAUCAAAGGCCCACGAUAGGCGGGCUUGUUGCUUGAGAGAGAGCCAUAUGAAUACUUAUGAGGACUUUUUUUGUUUUGUUUUUUGUUUUCUUGUCACAUGGAGCAGCAGCGGCUGGUCUGGCUUUUGUUCUCUGUCGUGUUUACUUCACUGCUGCCUAUUAAAGGGCUGUGCUGUGAUUUAUGAGCCGAGUAAAACAAGACAGCAUUAUUCUACUUACAGACGAUAUAAACAUCAACUCUCAUGAGCUAUGAGGGACCCUCUGUGUGUGCAUGUGUGUGUGUUGCACUUUGGGCUGUCACCGCUCCUGAACGGUGACAGCUUUAACAGCAGUUCACGUGUUGACAGUUUUAUGAGGACCCCUCGUUUGUGUAAGCCGAUCCUUAACCAGAUCAAUAUUUCAUACGUGACGACGCUUGUUUUUGUGACAAGAGGCUGACACUUAAUAUACCCUGUAUCAUCCACCUAUGAGGUCAAUAUAUGCUACAGUACAGUAUAUCUAAGCUACAGUAUCGGUGUGUAUCAGUAUAUUGAUGUGAUAUCUCUAACUAUAAUACGAUCAAAAUUCCUACUUUUUUUUAUUUAAAGUGACGGGCUGUGCCUUUGGUCAGGUGGCCCCCCCUCCCCGGCCCCCACCUCAGCUCUGUCCGCAGACGUGCCACCCACCCACGUCUAGUGGGCGAUAAUGUGUGUGAGCCCACGGUGCUGUUAUCUGCCCCUGUGCCCUGCAGUUUGCCUCACAGACCCUCCAGGGUUCUGCAAGGCUAACAGCAGGUGGCGCUCUGCUGAGACUGGGGAACAAGUGUGUUUGCAGUGUCAGAGCCUUCCAACUCUCUGGGCUGGUUUUUAUGGCUGCUGUGCUAACUGGCAGGAUUUUUGGGGGUGUGUGUCUUUGCCUCUUUCCAGUUGCCAGUGCAGCAGCAGGGGGCAGCGUUGUUGUUGUUGUCGAUUUAAAAGGGUAGGGGCCCUCUUCUCGAGUCCAUCCUUCAUUCAUUCAGGAAUGUGAAUAGGGAGGAGGAGGAGGGUGGAAGGAUGGGUGAAAUGGCUUUGGGAAACGCUCAGAAGUCCUGAGUGUGUGUUUCCAGGAGCUGCUCCCCCCUCUCGACCACCACCUCUCAUUUCUGGUGGUUACCUUUUGGAGGAGUCUUGAAUGUGCCUUGAUGAGUGUGGAGUUUCUAGAUCGGACCUCAAGCCGUCACAGCGUUGUGCUCUGAGAAACUCUGGAGGAAUGUUUCUGGUGCUGGCUAGUCUGAGUUCUCCUGUGAGUCGUGUUCAGAGGCCUCUUUAGCCCCGUCUCAGCUCCUGAAAGAAAGAUGUUGCAAGAUAUCUGCGAGUGACUUUUCUACUCUUUGCUGUAAACUUAUUUUUUUGAUCCAAACCUGAUGAUGAUAAUGAUACUGUGUUUCCAAUGUGUUUUUUGUUUAGUUUUUUUUUCCUUCUCUUUGCUUUCCCAAACAUGAACCCUCUCUCCCCUUUGUGUAAGGGCUUGUAGAUAAAUAUAUGUUGACAUGAAGAAGAAUCGCUGUCGUGGUGCAAUCUCGAUAUGUUUGGGAAAUCAAGGAAGCCUCGUUUUCAGCAAACGGCAUGUGAAACAGUCGGUGAGAUGAUCCAUUUUUAGCGCUGAGCUGCUAAGCGGCUUCCACGGGAAAACCUCAAGGGGCAUCGCUCGCGUUCGGCGUGAAGGUGAGGCGAUCAGGCAGAGAGAAGAAACUCACUUUCCGUUAGCUGGAAUUCUAUCAUUGGAUUUUUAAUCAUUCGGAAUAUUAAUUCGCUAAAUAGUCGAGAUGGCGUUCAGUCUUUGUUUUCAGGGUAUUUGUGCCGCAGCUUCCUCAGUUUGAACUCGAAUAUGCAACAGAGAGCUCGGCCCUCUCUCCAAACUGGAUCACCUCACUGGCUGUUUUAUUUUGAUUACAAUCAUGUAGACCUCAAGAACUCAAUGACUGUCGCACUGGAUUUUUAC